AUGGCAUCUAUCCGGCUUCCGGAGGCUUCUAUACCGCUCCAGCAUCGUGACCUCAGAGACCAGAGUUAUAGGCCUGCGGACGAGAUGCCUCCUGAGUACGCCGCUGGCCAGUAUGAGUUUGCUCCCACCACUCGCAAGCGGCAGGUUACGGUGCUGAUAUGCAGCUUCCUGGCUGUUGCCAUGACUAUUGGCCCGAAUUUCUCAUACGGCGUUUUCCAGGACUACUACGUUACUAGCAGUGACAGUAUCUUGCCCCCACUAGACGCAAAGAACAGAGCAGCCGUUGCCUUGGUCGGGACACUAGGCGCCGGAUUGACUUGGAGUGGCUCAAUUGUGAUAAACCCGCUCAUGAGUAGGGUUAAAGGCAAUGCAAACCAGAAAAUUGCUACUAUAGGAUGCUGCCUGAUGAGUGCUUCGUAUGCGCUUGCCGGUUCAUCUCAAAGAUUAUGGCAACUUCUACUGACUCAAGGUCUAUUAUACGGAAUGGGUAGUUCCAUGGUAUAUUUUCCAAUCCUUAGCGUUGCGCCGGAAUACUUCGAUCGCCGUCGUGGAGCAGCUAUGGGUUUUAUACUGAGCGGAGCAAGCAUUGGUGGGUUGAUACUCUCUCCGCUCGUUCGGGCCCUUCUGGACAUAAUUGGGGCACGUUGGACACUACGGGCAAUGGCACUUGCAAAUCUCAUGAUAACCCUUCCCGUUGCUAUAUCUGCACCUCCAAGCCGCAGCAUGACCAGGAGACCAACGCUGGUCAAUAUCAGACUUGCAAAAAAGCCAGCGUUCAUUUUACAAUCACUUGCAGCCUUACUGCAGGCAAGCGGAAAUUUUGUGCCAAUGGCGUUUUUGCCCGAGUUUUCAACAGUUAUAGGUUACUCUAUGUCUUUUGGAGCGACUUUGCUUGCCGUUAAUAACGGGGUUAAUGCUGUGUCACGAGUCUUGAUGGGUGUCACUGCAGAUAAGUUGGGUAGACAGAAUACUCUGGUUAUAGGCGUUCUUGGAAGUGCCGCUAGUGGUUAUCGGAACCUCAUUUGGUAUGACGGUGCCCUUCUCUUUGCAUCAUCCCUCUGCGUGCUUGGGGUACGCGGUUUCGACGCCUUGGAGAAACGCGAGUGGGCAUGGAGAGCGUAG